UGAGUCUCUUACAGUAUCAACCCAACCCAGCUAGCCUAAUGUCCACGCGUCACCUGACCUCUCUUUCCCCCUUUACAACUCUCUCGAAACAACCCCUUUUUCCAUUUCCAACUUCUCUCAAUUUAUUCUCCAGAUUUCCUCUUUCUUCUCCAAAUUAUUCCAGUUUCUCUGCUUCUGUUUCAGCUUCUUCCAUGGCUUCCGAAGCUAAAAAGGUCUUAGUUCCAAUAGCAAAUGGAACAGAGCCUAUGGAGGCAGUGAUUACCAUUGAUGUCUUAAGGAGAGCUGGUGCUGAAGUGACUGUCGCUUCUGUUGAAAAGGGGCUCCAGGUUGAUGCUUGUCACAGUGUGAAGAUUGUUGCUGAUGCAUUGAUAAAUGACUGUAGUCAGAUGGUUUUUGAUCUCAUUUCUCUUCCUGGGGGAAUGCCCGGUGCUUCUACUUUAAAAGACUCUGCAACCUUAAAGAGCAUGGUGGAGAAACAAGCUGCUGAGGGCCGCCUUCAUGCUGCAAUCUGUGCAGCGCCAGCAGUUGCCUUGGGUUCAUGGGGCUUGCUCAAAGGCUUAAAGGCAACUUGUUACCCUUCCUUUAUGGAACAAUUGUCAUCUUCAGCAACUGCAGUUGAAUCAAGGGUUCAGCAGGAUGGUACAGUUGUGACAAGUCGAGGACCAGGUACUGCCAUGGAAUACUCUGUGACACUAGUCGAACAAUUAUAUGGGAAGGAAAAGGCUGAUGGAGUAGCUGGGCCACUGAUCACGCGUUCCAAUCACGAGGACGAAUAUUUAAUCAGGGAGCUAAAUUCAAUGCAAUGGACAUUUAUUGAUUGUCCACAGAUUCUUGUACCAAUAGCUGAUGGUUCAGAAGAAAUGGAGGCUGUCAUAAUAAUCGAUGUCUUGCGACGAGCUAAAGCAAAAGUUGUGGUGGCUUCUGUUGGAGAAAAGCUGGAGAUUUUGGCUUCUCGGAAUGUGAAACUAGUGGCAGAUAUGCAUCUUGAUGACGCUGCACAGUCCUCUUAUGAUCUUAUUGUCUUGCCUGGUGGACUUGGAGGCGCCCAGGCAUUUGCAGCCUCAGAGAAGCUGGUUGAGAUGCUGAAGAAACAAAGGGAAUCGAACAAACCCUAUGGAGCAAUAUGUGCAUCUCCAGCUCUAGUCUUCGAACCUCAUGGCUUGCUUAAGGGCAAGAAGGCAACAGCCUUCCCUGCUAUGUGCAAUAAGCUAUCAGAUCCAAGUGAAAUCGAGAACAGGGUUGUGGUCGAUGGCAACCUUAUUACCAGUAGAGGGCCGGGCACCAGCAUGGAGUUUGCACUUGCCAUAGUGGAGAAAUUUUUCGGUCGCCAGAAAGCAAUCGAACUUGCGAAGGUGAUGCUGUUUGUGAAUCCAUAAGAGUCUUGUGUGUAUAUUUUGAAGUAGUCUGACUUCUCGAGAGCUGUAAAUUCUGAGAGAUGAGCUUUGUUGUAUAAUAAGCAAUGACCUUGUAACGUUGUUGCUUCGAUAAAUAAAGCUAGUCAGAAUCUUGAGUUUAUGGUUUUUGAGUUCUGACUAAGGCCUUGUUUAGUUCAACUUAUUUUUACUUAUUUUAGAAAAAAUAAGUUUAGAUCAGAUCAGAAAAAAUAAGUUCAGA